GGGUUCUCCUGGAGUUGGCUGAGAGUGAGUGUCAGUUCCUGAACGGCACCGAGCGGGUGAGGUACGUGCAGAGGUACCUCUACAACCGGCAGCAGAACCUGCACUUCGACAGUGACGUGGGGAAAUUUGUGGGCGACACCCCCUGGGGACAGCGCGUUGCCGACUACUGGAACAGCCUGCCCGACUUCAUGGAGCAGAGGCGGGCUGCCGUGGACACGUUCUGCCGGCACAACUACCGGGUGGCUUCCCCUUUCAGCGUGGAGAGGAGAGUCCAGCCCAAGGUGCGGGUCUCCCCGAUGCAGUCGGGCUCCCUGCCCCAGACCGACAGGCUGGUUUGCUACGUGAGCGGAUUCUACCCGCCGGAGAUCGAGGUGAAAUGGUUCAAGGACGAGCAGGAGGAGACGGAGCGCGUGGUGUCCACGGACGUGAUCCAGAACGGAGACUGGACGUACCAGGUGCUGGUGAUGCUGGAGACCAGCCCUGAGCGCGGGGAGAGCUACAGGUGCCAGGUGGAGCACGCCAGCCUGCAGCAGCC